GCAAACGCAAAACGCAAUUGGGCAACAGAACAGCCUUCGGAAUUCAUCGAGUUAACAUAAAAAUCGUUACACGUGCAGAGAUCUGGUCCAGAGACACACCCAGUAUUCAAUAAUUUCCAUAAUGGAUAGCCAUAAACUGGACAUAGCUGGUAAGAAGGACGACGAUCCGAUCCCCACGGCAACUUAUAAACAGAUACCAGAAGAAGACGUAGAUGAUCGAGAACCUCUCGCCAAGAAUGUGGUCAAGAGCCAUAACAGUACUUCAGAGGCAGACGGUGCUGAUGAAAAGAUGCUUCCUGAUGAAGAGAAAAUAUCCCCCAACGUCACAGCUGGAGAUGUUAAAUUUACAAACAAAGAAAAACAGAAUGGGGAUGCUAAAUUAGAUAUUGGUGAGCUUAAAUCCACUUUUGUUGGAAUGGGCAAGGAGGAACUCAUGAAAUAUGCCAACGAUCCGUUUUGGGUGCGACUACGUUGGACUUUGUUCAUUCUUUUUUGGUUGUUAUGGGCUUCGAUGUUAGUUGGGGCCAUUGUGAUUAUUAUUGGGGCACCGAAAUGUCCUAGACCCGAACCUAGAACUUGGUACGAACAAGGACCUUUAACUGAAAUUGAUCCAACCAAAAUAACUGAAGAUGAUUUGAAACUCCUUAAAGAAUCUGGCGUGAAAGGUGUAAUAGCCGAUUGGCCUUUAGACACUUAUCAAGGCGUUCAAGAUUCACAAGAAUUCGGCGAUUUAAUUAAAAAAGCUCAAUCUGUCGAACUUCCGGUUAUAGUAGGUUUAGAACCGGCUCAUUCAAUGCGAUUCUUUAAUGAUUCCGAAUCCAAAGCUGACGCUUACUUGAAUUAUUAUUACUGGGAGAAUCCUAAAGGUCCUCUCGAAAAUGGAUCAUCAUCUCCACCAAAUAAUUGGCUCAAUCCAAACGAUUCUACAGCGUGGGUUUAUUCUUCGAGUCGCCAACAAUACUAUUUGGCUCCAUUUGGAAAACCACAAUUAAAUCUUCGCAAUCCAGAGGUUAAAAAAGAAUUUUCAAAAAUAUUAAACGGUUUCUUAGACGCUGGCGUUAAAGGAAUUCGUAUAAAUAAAGCGCCGUAUAUGUUUGUGGACGAGAAGUUAAAAGAUGAAGUGAUGGGCGAUUCUAUGGGCAACUUUACAAUUGGGCAGUAUAACUUUUACAAUCACGACAAAACGAUGAAUUUAAACGAUUUGGGAGUGACGCUUAACGAAUGGAAAUCUGCAAUUAAAAACAAAACCGAAGACGGUUUAUUAAUGAUUUCCGAAGAUAUAACGAGUUUAGAUCCGUAUAUAUUUAACGGAAGCGUUACUGUGGAUUUACCUAGUAAUUCGCAUGUUUUUACUCAUCCAAUUGUAUCAGCUUCCCAGUUGUAUAGAGAUAUGAAUCUAACUAUGAGUUUAUUAAGGAAUAAAUGGCCGUUGUGGAAAGUUAAAAAUAAUACGGGAUUAGAUCCUGAUGUUAUUGAUAUGAUGACGUUUAUGUUUAAAGGAAGCACUUUAAUUCCAUUUAAUUAUACCGUUAAUAAAGAAUUAUUGAAGCGAAGGACGGUGCCGUCUUUAACACAUGGUACACUGGACCAAUUUUUGGUUGCAAAUCAAAGUGUUUAUGCAUUUAUUAGAAAAGAUAGAAAAGUUAUUUCUGGUAGUCCAGGAUAUCUCGUAGCGAUAAAUCCAUCAUUAGAAGAAGUCACUGUUAACUUCCCCAAAGAUACAAAUGGGGUCGUUUCGGAUGAAGUGACUGUAGACUUGAUUAGUAGUAAUUAUAAUGUUACCGACGUCAAGUCACCUAUGAAGAUUAAGGCUGAUGCAGUGAAAAUAUCUCCUAAGGCUGGUAUUGUAUUGACUUACCAACCGAAACCAAAGGAAGCAUAAAAUGGACAUAAUAAUAUGUAGAUGAAGAAAUGCAUUUAAUAAAUAAUGCAUGUAAUGUAAAAAAAUUUGUUUUUGUAAUUUCACCUUGUAAUGACUUUUAAUUUGAUUAAUAAAUAAUAAUGGCAUUUAUUAAUGAAGAUUUGAAAUACCUA